AUGGCACCAGCAAGGCGGACGGUGUGGGUUCUUCUCGCGCUGUCGGGUGUUCUGAAUUUGCGCUCCUGCUGGACUUUCACUUGUCCGUCCAUUUGUAAAUGUUCAUUGAAGAGCGAUACAUGUUACAAAGACACGGGAGAGAAACUCAGUUGCACGAGGGAAACGCAACUGGGGUCCAAAGCCGCUCCAGCGUUUAUUCGAAACUUAAGACUAACUCAUCUGCCGUUGAAUGAAGUUCCAAGCAAUGCCUUCAGAGGACUGAUCAACGUGUCCAGAAUUGAGAUAUCUCAGAGUGACUGCACCAGGUACAUAAGAAACCAUGCAUUCCUCUCUCUCCACAGCCUGACUGAGAUACAGAUACAGAACAUCAGAAAUCUGAUCAGUAUAGAGAAGGGGGCCUUCACUGAUCUGCCCAAGCUGAGAUACCUGAGUAUCUGUAACACAGGAAUAAUACACUUUCCAGACUUCUCCACCAUCUCCUCCCUGGUCAUACUAGAGUACUUCUUCCUUGAGCUGGGAGACAACAUGCAGCUCCACAGUAUACCUGCCAAUGCCUUUCAAGGGAUCACAGAGGAGAGUGUAUACAUGAAAAUUAUAAAAAAUGGAUUCAAGGAAAUCAAGUCGCACGCUUUCAACGGAACAAAGCUGGAUAAACUGAUUCUGAAAGACAACAGGUAUCUGAGGAGCAUUCAUGAAGAUGCCUUUGAGGGAGCAUCAGGGCCAACUGUGCUUGACGUCUCCUCCACAGCUCUCGACACACUCCCCCGUCGAGGCUUGGAACAUUUAAAGGUCCUGAUUGCCCGUUCUACCCCCUACCUGAAGACUCUACCUCCUCUAGAAAGCCUCCUAGAGCUGGAGGUGGCAGAGAUUACUUACCCCAGCCACUGCUGUGCCUUUCACACCUGGCGACGCAAAGACAAGGAAAAAGUUGUCCUUGCACUCUCUCCGAACCUCAGAAGGCUGUGCGAUGACGAUGAUGAAAUCAUGGACCACUCGGCAGACAAUGUGACAGACCUGUACGACAUCAACCUCCAAUACCCAGACCUGCAGCUGAGCCUGUGUCCUGGACCCUUCCAGUGCACCCCGGAGUCCGACGCCUUCAACCCCUGUGAGGAUCUGCUGGGAUACUCCUUCCUCCGUUCAGUCACCUGGCUCAUCACUGUAUUUGCUGUGGCCGGGAACAUGGCCGUCCUGGUCGUACUGAUCAUCAGCCACCAGAAGCUCAAUGUCUCUCGGUUCCUGAUGUGUAACCUGGCCUUCGCAGACCUCUGCAUGGGGGUCUACCUCCUCCUCAUUGCAGCCAUGGACUACCACUCACACAAGGAAUACUACAACCACGCCACGUUCUGGCAGACGGGUGCGGGCUGUGGCGUGGCGGGGUUCCUGACGGUGUUCGCCAGCGAGCUGUCGGUCUACACGCUGACCAUUAUAACGUUAGAGCGGUGGCACACCAUCACCAACGCCAUGCACAAGAACAAAAGGCUGCGGCUGAGGCAUGUGGUAGCCAUGAUGGCUGGGGGGUGGGGCUUCUCCCUAUUGGCCGCUCUGCUUCCUGUCCUCGGAGUCAGCAGCUACACUAGGGUGUCAAUCUGCCUGCCCAUGGACAUCGAGUCCCUAGCCUCCCAGGUGUAUGUUGUAGCCCUCCUCCUCCUCAACGUCACUGCCUUCUUCAUCAUCUGCUGCUGCUACGUACGCAUCUACCUGUCCAUCCACAACCCCGACCUAGCAAUCCGCCACGGUGACUCCAAGAUUGCCAAGCGCAUGGCCGUUCUAAUCUUCACCGACUUCAUCUGCAUGGCACCCAUCUCCUUCUUCGGCAUCUCGGCGGCUCUCCGCAUGCCCCUCAUCACCGUCUCCCACUCCAAGAUCCUGCUCGUCCUCUUCUACCCAAUCAACUCCCUCUGUAACCCCUUCCUCUACACCAUCUUUACUCGAUCGUUUCAGAAGGAUAUACGUUUGUUGUUGAGUCGCUGUAGUUUUUGCCAUGCCAGAGCUGAGUUCUACAGGGCACAGAACCUGGAAGCAAACACUAUACCACCUAAGGGUAGUACUACGUCCCCCAGAAAACAUCAGUCUUUCAGGUUCUACACCUACCACAUCAAGAUGCAAGGAUGCUUUCUCUGCGAGGGAGGCAGAGCAUAA